UCACUCCACAUAAACCCCGAGCAAUACUGGCCCACUUCCAUAUCUUCUCCUCCAUUUCUCCACACCAACAGAGUCUCUGAUAGUAAAAGAGUUCAGAGAAAUUUUCAAGGAAAAAGACCUUAAUCUCUUAUGGUCAUGGGGGUCUCCUUCCUCUCAACUGUCCCUUCCUUGCUUCCUCUCUUUUCUGUCUCUUCAACAAGUACCAACACUUCCAUUGCCACCCGAUGUCCUACUCACGCAGCUUCAAUUCGUUGUAGUAAAAUGGAAGCUGCUUAUCAUGACGAUCGGUUCCGUCGCAGGGACAUUCUUAAGUGCAUCGGUGCCUCCAUCAGCAUGGGGUUGAUAACAAGCUCGGACGGAUUAGUGGAAACGGCCAGUGCUGCUGAUUUGAUACAACGAAGACAGCGUUCCGAAUUUCAAUCAAAUAUCAAGGAGACCCUUUAUCAAGCAAUAAAGAAAAAUCCAGAUAUUGUCCCAUCUCUACUAACUUUGGCACUGAACGAUGCUACAACGUACGAUAAGGCUACUAAAUCUGGGGGCCCAAAUGGAUCCAUACGAUUCAGCUUAGAGAUAAGCAGACCUGAAAACAAAGGGCUUGCUGCUGCUUUGAAUCUUUUGGAGGAAGCAAAGAAGGAGAUAGAUUCCUACUCUAAGGGUGGACCUAUUUCCUAUGCAGAUCUCAUUCAAUUAGCAGCUCAAAGUGCCGUUAAAUCUACCUUUUUAGCUGCUGCUAUUCGCAAAUGCGGUGGAAAUGAAGAGAAGGGGAACUUAUUGUACAGUGCGUAUGGUUCAAACGGGCAGUGGGGCUUGUUUGAUAAACAAUUUGGGAGGUCAGAUUCCCAAGAGCCAGAUCCGGAGGGCAGGGUUCCCCUAUGGGAGAAAGCCACUGUCCAAGAAAUGAAAGACAAAUUCUCUGCUAUUGGCUUUGGCCCACGUCAGCUAGCUGUGCUGUCCGCAUUCUUGGGUCCUGAUCAGGCUGCGACUGAGGCCUUGUUGGUCGCAGAUCCGCAGGUCAAACCCUGGGUUGAGAAAUAUCAACGAAGCCGAGAGACUGUAUCGCAGACAGAUUAUGAGGUUGAUUUGAUAACAACUCUCACCAAAUUGAGCAGCUUGGGCCAGCAAAUCAAUUAUGAAGCAUAUACGUAUCCCAGGGAAAAAGUUAAUCUCGGCAAACUAAAAUUGUAGAGAGCAAACAGGAGCAUGUUCUAUCAGAGCACCAACUUCGGAAAAUGAAUAGCUGAUUCUUGCGAUCCAUAAUAGCGCUUUUUUUUU